AUGUCGGGACCUCAGUGCUGCGAAAAUCCGCCGGCUCUUAACCCGGUUUCCGGGUCGGGUCAUGUCGAGAAACUGGGUGGUCUCGAUGCUUACGUCUCCGGCUCUCCAGAUUCCAAGCUCUGCGUCCUCCUGAUUUCUGAUAUUUUUGGGUAUGAAGCUCCAAACUUGAGGGCCCUUGCGGACAAGGUUGCAGCUUCUGGAUUCUAUGUUGUGGUUCCUGACUACUUCUAUGGAGAUCCUUAUAAUCCUUCUAAUCAGGAGAGACCAAUCACUGUCUGGAUCAAAGACCAUGGCGCUGAUAAGGGCUUUGAAGACACAAAGCCAGUACUUGACGCCAUAAAGAGCAAAGGUAUAACUGCCAUUGGAGCUGCAGGGAUGUGUUGGGGCGCAAAAGUAGUGGUGGCACUGUCUAAACAAGAGCUUAUUCAAGCCGCUGUUUUGCUUCAUCCUUCUUUUGUCACAGUUGAUGAUAUCAAAAGUGGGAAGGCGCCAAUUGCUAUAUUAGGAGCUGAGAAUGAUAACACGUCCCCACCAGCACUCUUGAAGCAAUUUGAGGAGAUACUAGCUUCCAAACCUGAAGUGAAUAGUUAUGUGAAGAUAUACCCCAAAGUCGCACACGGUUGGACAGUCAGGUACAAUACCGAUGACGCAGAGGCGGUUAAAGCUGCAGAAGAAGCUCACAAGGAGAUGCUUGAUUGGUUUGUGACUUACGUGAAGUGA